AUGUAUACAAACAGUAAAAACGUUCAGGUUAAGAAUAAAAACGCCGCAGAUGUGCAAAUUACAGCAGAGCAACUCAUUAAAGAAGCAUUAGACUUUGAAGAGGUUGAGAAAAAAGUAAAUUACAAUUUAAUAGAUGAAGAUGAGUUAAAUGAAUAUAAAAUUUCUAAGCGAAAAGAAUUUGAAGACUCGAUAAGAAAAAGAAGAUAUUUAAUAAAUACAUAUGUAAAAUAUGCGUUAUGGGAAAUUAAACAAAAAGAUAUAAAAAGAUGUAGAUCUAUUUUUGAAAGAGCAUUGAAUAUUGAUUACACAAAUAAAAAUUUAUGGUUGAAAUACAUAGAAGUAGAAUUAACAAAUAAGAAUAUUAACAGUGCUAGGAAUUUAUUAGAAAGAGUGGUUUUAUUAUUGCCUUUAGAAAAUAUAUUUUGGAAAAAAUAUGCACAUUUAGAAGAGAUAUUAAAUAAUUUUGUUAAUGCUAGAAAUAUAUAUGAACGUUGGGUUAAGUGGAAAAUUGAUGAAACUGCUUUUUUAUGCUAUAUAAAUUUUGAAGAACGGUGUAAAGAAAUAAAUAAAUGCCGAGAAAUUUUUGAGCGACUUAUUGUUAGUAUACCUAAAUUAGAGUGCUUUUAUAGAUUUAUAAAAUUUGAAAAGAAAUAUAAAAAUAUUAGUAGAGCUAGAGCAUGCUAUGAAAAAUGUAUAGAAUUGUUGCCAUCACAAUUUUUAGAUCAACACUUUUAUAUACAUUUUUCUAAAUUUGAGGAAGAAAAUAAUGAAUAUGAAAGAUGCCGAAAAAUAUAUAUAGAAGCAUUAAAAAGAUUACCACGUGAAAAUAGUGAUAUUUUAUAUAAAAAUUUUUUACAGUUUCAAAAAAAAUAUUCUGAAAAAGAAGAAUUAGAUCAAACAUUGUUAUAUAAUGAAAGGAUAAAUUUUGAAGAAGCACUAAAAAAAACUCCUAAUGAUUAUGAUAUUUGGUUUAAUUAUAUAAAAUUAGAAGAACAAAAUAUUAACUUAGUUAAUAAAGAAAAAUCAAUAAUACGAAUAAGAGAAUUAUACGAAAGAGCUAUAAGUAUAAUACCACAAAUAUGUACUAAAAAAUAUUGGAAACGUUAUAUAUAUUUAUGGAUUAAUUAUUCUGUUUUUGAAGAAUUAUAUGCAGAUAAUAUAGAUCGAGCUCGAAAGGUUUACACCAAUAUAUUUAAAAUACUUAGCAAGCAAAAUUUUACAUUUAAAAAGAUUUAUAUACUUUAUGCAAAUUUUGAAAUCAGACAAAUGGACAUUGAUAAAGUUCGAGCUAUAUUUAAUCAUGCUAUUGAAAAUGUAAAAAAUGAAAAAAUAUUCCAAGAGUACUGUGAUAUGGAAUUACGCCUUGGCAAUGUAAAAGAAUGUAGAAGUAUAUACUCCAAAUAUGUGGAAGCCUUUCCAUUUAACUCGAAGGCCUGGAUCGCCAUGAUCAAUUUCGAAUUAUCCUUGGAUGAGAUUGAACGAGCUAGACAAAUCGCUGAAAUAGCCAUACAUAUAGAUGAUAUGAAACUUCCGGAAUUGAUAUGGAAAACCUACAUCGACCUUGAAAUCAACUUGCAAGAAUACGAAAAUGCAAGCAAACUUUACGAAAGAUUGCUCAAUAUUACUCAGCAUUACAAGGUAUACAAAAGUUAUGCAGAGUUUCAGUAUGUAUAUUUGGACAAUAUAAGCAAAUGCAGAGAAAUACUGGAAAAUGGGAUUGAAUUUUGCAAAAAAAAUGAGCUAGCAAAUGAAAGAUCGAUAUUGUUAAAUUUUUUGUAUGAAAUUGAAAAUGAUCAUGGGGAUAGUGAAAUUAUAGAGAAAACCUUAAAAAGGUUACCAAAAAAAGUAAAGAAGAAAAAAAUAAUUAAAACCAAUGACGACGAAGUGGUAGAGGAGUUUAUCACUUACGUCUUCCCCGACGACAAAGCACAGUCACAGAACAUGAAGAUAUUACAAAAGGCCAUGGAAUGGAAGAAGAAGAUGGAAAACCACGAAAAGGAGCAAAAAAAUGAAAAAGAAAUAUCCCAAGAAAUAUAA